GCGGCCUGCAAACACAACGCCGCCGUCUGCUGGCUCUGGUACAAGCACUGCUUCAGCUAGGAAAAACAAGUCGGCGGUUUGAGGGUUGAAACUGGAUGCUAACCAUGACCUACUUGCUGGAUGCAGGUCAUAGUGUUUGUUUACGGUUAACUAUGUGGUGUGACACAAAAUCGAUACACUUUCCAAUACUGAUAUUGUAUCCAAAUUAGCAGUAAUUUAGAUGUUAUGUAUCAUGUGUGGUUUUCUUCCAUCAAUUCUUGCUGUAUUGUGAUAGUCAUUAACGGUGGAAAAAUAACAUUUAAAAGAAAACUUGAUAUUGUAUCAUGAGUUUCUCUGCAAUCCGACAUAAAUGUAACUAUCGCGCAAAAUGCACAUAACAAGUGACUUGCUCAUAAGUUAUAACUAUUGAGUGACGCGUACUUAACUAUUGAGCAUCAUGUAUGUAACUAUUGCCUGUACAUGAGUAUCGAGUGACGUGGGUGUAAUCAUCGGCUACAUAACGAUCAAGUGAUAUGGACGUGACGAUCGAGUUUGCGUAGCUAGUGUACGUAAUUAUUGUGUGACAUGGACAUAACUAUUGUGUGGAACUUUUGAGUAGGAUUUAAGUAACUAUCAAGCGAUGGGUAUUUAGCGACGUGUAAGUAACUAUCAAGUGAGAUCUGCAACUGCCAAGUUAACGUAACUCAAGUGAGGCGGAUGUACUGUAACUAUCAACGUACAUAACUUGAGUGUACGUAACUAUUGAAUGUAUGUUACGAUAAAGUAACGCAUGUGUACUGUAACUGUUGAGCAAAGUAUAAGAGAUUAACAUGUGACAUGUGCCUAUCGAAUGAGGUGCAUAUAACUAUUGACUGUACGAAACUAUUGAUCCGUGCAACCUAACUAUCGAGUAACUGGGACUUAACUAUUUGUCUGUCCAAAACGAGCGAAUUGAGCACCAUGGAGCAAAGCAUAAGUGACGUGUACAUAGCUAUUGAGUGUUUACCUAUUGAGCGAUGUUCGUAAGUAUCGAGUGACGUGUGCGUAAUUAUUCAUCAACGCAUACAUAACUAUCGAGCAACGUGAUUGGAACUAUCUGGCGAAGCGUUUGUAACUAUCAAACAAAGCGUACGCGACUAUCGAGUGACAUGUACGUAGGUAACUACUAAUUGCCGUAUACGUAACAACUGAGCAACAUGCGUGUAACUUGAGUGUACGUAACUAUCGAGCGACGUAUAUGUAACUAUUGAGAGCACUUAACUAUCAAGCAACAUGUUCAUAACUCGUGUAUCGAGUCUACUGAGAUAUUGACAGACCUACGUAACUAUGGAAUCCAUGAGCGACGUGUAUGUAACUAUUAAGUGUACGUAAUUAUGGUGUGACCAAACAUUGUUACGUUGUUUUAAGAAACCGUGUGUUUCUAUUAAAUAAAUAUCAUAAUGCGAUGUAUAGUAGGUCUUUUACCCCGAUCUUUUGAAAACAUUUUAUUGCACUCUUUCUUUAAGUCAAUCAUUGUUACUUUUUUAUCAUCACCCUACAAUUAUUGUAUCGUGAUGCUAUCGCCAUCACUGGAAUAAUGGCUCUAAAAUGGUCUGAUGGAGUGAUGGGUUGACCUGUAGUGUCUUCUUAGGUUCUGUGAGAAGAAAGCGUUUUGGUAGGCCUCCGGAUGAACUUUAGAGUUAAGAUGAGAGGAACAACGGGAGCACGGGAACAUUACGGCGGAAAUUCCAGUUUUCCCACUGCGCGUUUAGCGCUGACUGGGCAUAAAAAUGGGGAAAAAAAAUAAAGACAUAAAAAAAACGUGAGCAUACAAACAAUAUGCAAUAAGUAAACACGGACUUGAUUAAAUCAUACUGUGAUGGUGUUUCCUAGCUGGAAAUGAGUUUAAAGAGAAUUUUGUCACCAUGUUUGACAACAACAACAAGAAGAUAGAUGGCAGUGGAGGUCUUGGUGGUUAUCUGGUCAAUGGGCCACGCUGCAGAUUUGACCUCCACUUCCUGUUUCCUCCCGCCGUCCGUCGCCCUCGCAUUGCAUUUCAUUUGUUGGCCCCAUUUGACUGCGUCCCGGCGUGGUAGAACAUCGUGGUGGUGGAUGUGACUGAUUUCAACAUGUUGACUCGCUUGUUGAUGCUGAUGCUCGCUUCCAUGCUCCUCAAAGGUACCCUAAAAAAUCCUCCCAAUGCCAGAACGCCGCCGGGGUCUUCCUGCUCAUCGAAGGCGGCGCUUACACCUUCAACUUUACUGCCGCGCCCGCCGCCUGCCACUCGCAUCACGCCACCAUGGCAACCGCUGUCAAUGUGGAAGAGGCGCUGCGACACGGGCUGGAGACCUGCAAGUUUGGCUGGGUAGCAGAACAGGUGGCCGUCGUCCCGCGACUUACAGCUAGCAGCAAGUGCGGAAACAACAGAACGGGGCUGGUGAGGUGGAACGCCAGGGCGGACCAGGCUUUUGGUGUCUUCUGCUUAUCUGCGACAGCCAGCCUGCAAAUGUCCACCUCGUCUUCCACGUCAUCCUCUACCCCAUCCUCUGCCUCAUCCACGACAACACCCAGCGCACCUCUGCUCCCGUCCUCAACAUCUGCACCUCCCGCUUUGUUAACAAAAACCACAAAAGCGUCCCUGGCCUGGACGCCUGCCCCACCCCCUAUCUCCACUUCCUCUCCACCUCUUCCUCGCCAUGCCGCUUUCUCUUCAGCCGAUCCUCUUCCUUCUCAUGUUAUCACCUCGUCACCCACGCCCUCCUCUUCUACCUCCCCAUCCUCUUCAUCCACUUCAGCUGCGGGUCAUGCUUCCAAUCAGCAGACCCAGAGCCCCACCGAGGCCUCCAUGAAAGCAGUUUGGACAGCGCUUAUCGUUCUAAUAGUCGGAGUUGGGUUCCUGAUGGCGACGGCGGCUGGAGUUUUGUGUUCCUAUUACAAACUGAAAAAAGGACCAUUUAGGUCCUGGGCCCUGCAGGGGGAGGAUUUGGAGGCAGAGAUGUGGAAGCCCACCGACAGCCGGACAGACCGUCAUCAUCCGCUGGAAGAAGAUGACCUUGAGUUGGAAGAGGAGGGAAGAGACAGAAAGUACUCAAGUGACAUCAUGCUGUGUGUGAACCCGCAAUUGAGGAGUAGCAACACAAUGUUGUGAGGAUUCUUGCAUCAAAUGGGAAGAGAAAGAAAAAGGAAAGUGAAUCGAAAGAGGAACGACAUGGGGGAAAAGAUUUUUCUUUCUUACAAGAAUCCCUGUUUUUUACUAUAACAGUUAACUUUCAGUGGCAGCUGUGGCCCAAUGGUUAAGAUCAUCGCCUGCCACCGUGGGGGACCUCGGUUCAAAACCCCGACUGGACCAUCCGCCAACAUCCUCCGGACUCACGGCUGUGGUGUCCUUGAGCAAAACACUGAUACCCCGAAAUCCUCCCCGGGCGCUUCAGCUGCCCCCUGCUCCAGUGUGUUCCACUAACAUGUGUAUGUGUUCACUGUGAUGGGUUAAAUGCAGAGAACAAAUUUCAUGUGCAUGCAUGCAUGCAUGUUCAAGACAAUAAAAGAUGAUUCUUCUUCACAGUA